AUGCCAGACGGCUACGACUACCUUUUCAAGCUGCUUCUAAUUGGUGACUCUGGUGUUGGCAAGUCAUGUUUGCUGCUACGUUUCGCCGAGGAUGCUUUUACAGACAGCUACCUCAGUACUAUCGGAGUCGACUUCAAGAUCCGCACAAUUGAGCUGGAGGGAAAGAUGGUGAAGCUGCAAAUCUGGGACACAGCAGGCCAGGAACGAUUCCGCACAAUCGCUGCUGCAUACUACCGCGGAGCACACGGUAUUGUCGUCGUUUACGACGUGACGGACGCCGAGUCAUUCGACAAUGUCAAGGGGUGGCUACAAGAGAUUGAGCGUUACGCAUCAGAGAAUGUGAAGAAGCUCCUCAUCGGGAAUAAAUCCGACUUGGUUGAACGGAAGGUGGUUGCCUACGGGUCAGCGAAGGAAUUUGCGGACGAGCUUGCAAUCCCUUUCAUCGAGACUUCCGCGAAGACCUCGAGCAACGUCGAAGAGGCAUUCUUGACAAUGUCCAAGCAGAUCAAGGAGAGCGUCGACAUCGCGCCGGAGCCAGCAGCAAAUGCUUCCAAGGCAGGGACUGUUACACCAGGUCGUGGUCUCGAGGAACAAAAGGAAGCGGGGGGUUCAGAGCCUAUUGGACGUCCACGUAUCCGUGUGCAUCCUAGUGGUAUAUAA